AUGCUUAUUACCGAAAAUACUGAAAUUAUUGUACAUCCCCGAAUUAAUGAAAUGAUUUUAAAUAAAUCAAGUUUAAAUGAUUUUUAUAAGAAGGCCCCCAAUUUACAACAAUGUACAACCUCUUCAGAAGAAGGCUCGCAAAUCGACUUUUCUUCCCCUUCAAUUUCACGUACAAACAGUGCCCAAUCAAUUCCCGUCCCUAUAAAAUCAGUCACAGAUUCUGAAGAAUUAUCUCCAUACGAAAAAACAAUAAAAAUGUUGGCAAAUGAUUUACAAUGCCAAAAAGAAUUGGCUUUGGGUAAAAGAGUUGGAUUUUAUCGUUUGGGGAAGGAAUUGGGUGCUGGCAAUUUUUCUAAAGUUAAAUUGGGCGUUCAUGUACUUACUAAAGAAAAAGUAGCUGUAAAAACAAUGGAAAAAGGAAAAAUGGACCAAAAAGCUCAACGUGUUUUAAAUAGAGAAAUUGAUAAUAUGGAGUUACUACACCAUCCAAAUAUUAUUAGAUUAUUUGAAGUUGUGGCUACAUUAUCUAAAGUCCAUUUAGUUAUGGAAUAUGCGGGGGGUGGGGAAUUAUAUACUUAUGUACAUGAUAAUGGAAAAUUGACUGAAGAAGUUGCUAAACCUAUUUUUGCCCAAAUAGUCUCAGCAGUUGCCCACCUUCAUUCAAAAAAUAUUUGUCAUAGAGAUAUUAAAGCAGAAAAUGUUUUUCUUUCACAUCCUGGCUGGAUAAAACUUGGAGAUUUUGGUUUUAGUUGUAAAUUCGAAGACGAUUCUUUUUUAAAUACUUUUUGUGGUUCUCCCCCAUAUGCUGCACCUGAAUUAUUUCGAGAUCAAAAAUAUAUUGGCCCAAUGGUUGAUAUUUGGGCGAUGGGAAUACUUCUUUAUUUUAUGCUUGUUGGUGUUACCCCUUUUCGUGGAGAAACUGUUUCUGAUUUAAAAAGAAAUAUUUUGGAAGGGGUUUAUUAUAUGCCUGAUUAUGUUUCAACAUUUGCACAACAUUCAAUUACUAGAAUGCUUGAAUUGGACGCUAAAAGAAGGGCUAAUAUUUUGGAACUUAAGAGAACAUAUUGGCUAAGUGAAUGUAAAUUUCCCGAUUCUUAUGUAAAUUUGUCUUUAAAUCCAAAUGAGCAUUCAUUGGCCCAUUGUAAAUUGGAAAGACUUGUUUGGUCCCAAUUACAAAGUUAUGGAAUAACAGAAGAAAUGCUUAGAAGUGUUGCUAAAAGUAAAGGAGCUAGAAAUCCUGUUAUUGGAACUUAUCGUAUUACUCUUUAUCAAUGUCAAGCACUUGAUAGAGAUAAAGAAAGGGCUAAGUUAAAUGAGCAUUUAUUACAACUUGCUGAAAAGAAUAAUUUAUUGGCGGGUAAAAUUGAUGAACGAAGCAAAGCUUGUAUAAUAAUUUAA